AUGUGAAAUGAAUUAUUUGAUGAAAAAGUGAACUUAUCGACACGCGUCAGAAACACAACGACUAUGGUUCCGAUACACCCAAAGCCAAUUGAUGAAGACUUUGAUCAAUAUGCAAAUAUCAACCUUGUCAAUAUUUUGGCUUCUACAACAGGGUUUCCUACGAAUUGGGAUCCAACACUUCAUGACCAAAUAAACAAAAUGAAGAACCUAUUGGAGCAAGAAAAACAAGAGCAAAGGGAAAAAAGGCAUAAUAAGUAUUUGCAGAGACUUGCAAGCAAAAGCCCAAGGAAAAAAGAGUCAAACGAAGAUCAAGAAAUAGUCAAUGCAAGAUUUAAAGCAAAGCUGGAAAGAAUCACAAAACAUCUGCCGCCUGAAGAUUACUAUAAGAAUUCCCCCAUUAAGCCUGGCUUUGGAUUUCUUGAAAGCUUGAUUCAUGGAAGAAGAAAUAUUAACAAGCUCAAAGUAAAUAUACCGGAAAGUUAUUAUGCAGCUGAUAGAGCUUAUUUAUUAUAUACAGAUGAAGCAGGUUGUGCUAAUUGUGAGACUUCAUUUAAAGUGUAUGAUUUCAUGAAAAAAGUGCUAAGUCAUAGGGUGCAGUCAGAUAACGAAAUGGAUCAAGCUGCAGCUGUUUUUAGAGCGAGAGGAGAUUUGUGGAUGAAAUCAAGUGUACUUAUGUGGGAUCAGUUUAGAUCAAGAAUUGAAUCUCAUGAGCAGCUGCAGUCAGUGCUACUGCAACGGUAUAUAAGAACUUCUGGAGAUAGACCAUCAAUUACUAGAAUAUUUUUUUCAAGCUUCAAAAAAGACCAUAGAGCUAAUUUAGGGGUUGCAAUUAUAAACGACGUUAAUGAGAUGGAAUAUUUAAGCCCUUAUAAAAGAUUCAUCAUUGAUACAAAACUCCCAAACACAUGAGAUAUUGUAAAUGUUACAGGACAUGCGUUAAGGCCUUAUGAAGUAGAAGCUAAAAAAAUAGCCAGAUUUUUAGAAAAAUCGUAUGAUUUGAGGCUUGAAAAAAUAGUGCUUGAUUUCAUAAGAGAUCAAAGUGGAAAAAUCUGACUUUGUAAUUGCAAAGGGUUCAAAAUUGAUAUAACGAGCUUGAAUAAGCAGGAGUUAAUAUUUUUUGAUAAAUUUGCAAGGCAUUCAUUAUCUUCUCCAAAAUUUUCAACUCCAGCUAGCAUCAAGGACGCUAAGGCAAAGUCAAUGAGUAAAGUUGAGGAAAUUGUUUAUUAUGGUAAUUAUAAUUUACUCCCCCUUUAGGUUGGAACAAAUCAUCAAUAAGAUUUGCAUUUUUGGGUACGUUAACCACCUUUUGAAUUGGAACAAAAUUGCUUUUCGAUAGGAAAAUUUUGAUGCUGCAAAAACUAAUUUCAAAAUUAUUUUUUAGACAAAAUUCAACUAGAAUAUUAUUUAAACAGUUUUAAAACUGAAUCGAUUAAUUGUUUUAUUCAAUUCUUCAUAAAAUAAAAUAAAAUUCAAAGUAUUUUAAAAAAAAAAAUUGAAGAAAAAAAUUAAAUAUGAUCUUUAUAGAAUUAACUUUGACUUAAUAAAAUGAAAAGUGCAAUUAAAAUGCUAUCUAAACAUUUUUCACACUGAUUGAUUAAAUUUAAUUAUUUAUAGAAAAAUAAAAUUUAAAAUUUAAAGUGUUGUGUCAAUUUGUAUUUUAAAAAAAAAUUUCAGAGAAAAAAAUUUAAAUAUAUUUUUUUUUAAAAAAAAAUUAACCUCCCUUUAAAUUGGAACAGCAGCAUUUUUGUUCCAAUUUAAAGGGGGAGUUAGCACAUUGUAAAUCUUGCAAAUUGAAUUAUGCUCAAUCAGAUCUCAAUCAUCUUGUGUCAGAAAGAAUGAUUGUAAUUUUUAAAGAGCAUAUUGAAAGCCGAAGAAACGCCCCAUUUGAUACUUUAAAUGCUAAUGUAGCAAAUUUUGAAACUUUAUCUCAAUCUGUCAGAGUUUGUGACUAUUGCUUCACACUUAUAAGCAGCGAGCUUGAACUAAUUAAAGUUGAAAAAGAACUAGCUAAAACAAUGAAUAUUCCUAUAGAUAAGUCUUUUACUUCCGACCCUGACUUGCAAUUUUUGCCUCAAACCUUAAACCAAUGGCGUAUUUUAAUAUAUUUUGACAAAUUGGAAAUGGUUACGGACACUUAUAAAGAUUUGCAUUUAAGCAUCAAAUUUCAUAACAGCAUUACCGUAUUUCCUCUCGAAAACUUAUCAGGAUUCCAAAUAUUAAAAAUUCCACAUAUGAAGCUCUACUAUCUUUAUCUAUCUGCAGAUAAAUCUCCAAGAGCCUUUUUUAAGCAUUUUCAAAUAGAAAUUCGCAUCACACGGGACAGAUCUUGAGAAUCCAAAAUUGCUUACUCGAAGUCCUUUUUAUUUUUUGAACUCCCUUUUUAUUUAUCCCCAAAUCAGGCCAUGAGCUCUCAAAAAAGACUUUUCCUUUAUGGCGAAAAUUCCAAUAUACUCGGGGAGAUUUCUCUUGUAAUUGGAGUUUCGAAUGAUCAUAAGAUAAAGACAAAAUAUUUCAAAGUUGGGCUUGAGAAGAUAUUAGAUGUAUAUCUUCCUGAUGAAAAUCAUUAUAGAUGUGAUCCAUUACCUGAGCAAUGAAUGGAAAUGCUUGGAAAUAAAAAUGAUGAAAGUAGCACGUUUGGAAAUAAAUCAGGAGAAUAUAACUAUACGCCUCAUUUGAAUAAAAAUGAGAUGAAAAGGAUGGAAAGCGAAGUACCAUUAGAAACUGAUAGGAAAAGCAGCACUAUGAGCCGACGUUCAAGCAUUUUUAUGCCUAUUGAAGAGCCUGAAAGAGAAAUAAUCCCUAAACUCCAAUUAGCGAAGAUGAGAAAAUCGAAGAAAAAGCAGAAAAAAUUGAGUAAAGAUGUCGAUCAAUAUUUAAAUAGGAGAGGAACUUGUAACUCAAUUAAGUCCAAAGAGACGAGUAAUGAGCUAAAAAAAUGAGGAAGCACCGGAGAUAUAAAAGAAGAAAAGCAAAUCUCAAAAAAAACCUCAAUGAAGCCGUUAAAUAAAAUAUUCCGCACAACAUGCUCAAAAAUGCUAGCUCCCCCCCCCCCUCCGUGAGCGAACAAAACCAUUAGAAAAAUCCCUAUUUUUUUGGUCAAAAAACCCACCCUCCGUGAGCGAACAAAAAAUUUUUUUACAUAUAAUUUUAUAUAUAGUUUAUUAUAUCUAUAUUUAAUACAAAUAAAGAGGAUAAUAUUGAAAAAUAAUUAUUAAGUUUGUUUGAUAUAUUAUUCAAAGGGUUAAAAAAAAGAAUACCAUAAGUGAAAAGGUUGAAUUUAACAAUUUUAAUUUAAGACAAAAAAAUGAAUAGAAGAAAUCGAUUAGAUAAUUAACUUCUUCAUAUUAACUUGAUGGCUGAAAAUCUUUGGAUGAUUAACGCCAUAAGAACCCGUCAACUCAAAUGAUUUUCUGACAAGUUGAGGGCUUACAGCAUCUCACGCCUUUGAAGCAAUGUUUAUCAGUUGCUGGCGAUCAAGAGCUUUGAGGUUUCCAGUUCUUUUCGAUCUUCUUUCAAUCUGCUCUGUUUGGAAUUUGAUUCUGAAAUCUGUUGUUUUUGAUUUGAAAUUUGCAAUUACCAGUGCGUCAAGUGGUUGCAAAUACUUUGUGCACCCUCCAGGGAUCACAAAUUUUGGUUGCAUCUAAAUCUGAAAUUGCAUUAGAAAUCAUGAUAGUUUUAUGACUUCCAGCCUGAUCAUAAAUCAGCAGUUGGUUUUCUCGUCUCAAUAUUGUUCUGAGGUAGUCAUUAAGAAUCUGGUCAGAAAUGUAGCCAGAUUUAUUUGAUUUUUAUGAUGACAUUUCUGGAAUAUUCAGUCUUUCUCUUACAAGGUUCGGGAUCUGGCCAUUUUUCUCUUGAAAAAAUGAGCAAAGCAGGCAUUUUUUCUCCAUCAGCUCUAAUCAUAAGCAUAACAGUGAUAAAAAUGGUUCAUUUUAGCUGAUUUGAACGCCUAGAAUUCGUUGAGUUCCCUUGAAAUCAUAAGUGAACUUGCUUUUUACAUCUCAAUCAAAUCUCGUUUCAUCGAAAUUGUAAAUGUUAGAUGGAACGAAUUGAGGAAGCAAUGACGCUAAAUCAUCUAGGUAUUGCCUGACAAGUUCUGCCUCUUUUUCGAUUGGCUUAAUGCUUGAGGCAUUGAUUUUUCUGAAAGAUAAAUUAUUUCUGGUCCUAAAUCCUUGCCACCAUUUAUCUCCACAGCCGAAUCGCGCCAAUCCCCAUUUCUGCCGCCAAACUUUUUGCUUUCUCCUCAAUCGUUGAUCUGAGAACCUGAAUACCUUGCUCACGGAUUGCAGUAAACCAAUGAACUAGUUCUUUCUCUAGCUCUGGAAAUUGAGUGAAGCUUUCUAAUUUUAAUUUUUUAUCAGAUUUUACUGAUUUCUUCAACUCAUCAAGCUUAUUCACCCAUUCGGAAAUCGAGCUAAAGGAGUUGACAUGAAACUUUGCAGCAACAUCUCUCAUGCUCAUCUCAUUUUGGUGUUGAAUGUAAAAUUCAGCAAUUUCAACUUUCUGCCAAAUUUCAAUGUACUUUCUUUUUCCCUUUGUACAUUUUUAUUAUGAUUUAUAGAGAAUUUGCUUAUUAUAUUAAAUAAGAAAAUAUAUAAAAUAUUUUAACUGAAUGCAUAUAUUUAUUACUAAUAGGUUUAUUGAUUAUUAAAUUAUUGAAAAAAUUAAGCUGUGUUUUACCUUUAAUCAAAUGGUAUUCUCUUUUUUUUGGGAAAUUCCCUUACUCUCCCCCCAUAAUAUUUUUAAAAUAAUUUUCAACUUAUAAAAAAAUAUUUAUUUUACAAUUAAAAAUUUAUAUAUAAUUUUUUUUAAAAAAUAAAAAUUAACCCCUCCGUGAGCGAACAAAAAUUUUUUGUUCGCUCACGGAGGGGGGGGGGGGGGAGUAAGCGUCUAG